AUGGGUGUGAAUGAAGUGAUGAACUUCAUUGUAGGAAAGUUGAAGGAAUUUCUACUGGCAAUGGAAAAUUUUGGUGGCGAAGUGGUGGAUUGGUUUGACAAGGUGUUUCCACCGGAGACAAGAGGCGAUAAGAUCCACCACUGGCUCCAUGUCGCCAUCCCGUUCCUCAUUAUGGCGGUGGCAUUGAUCUUGUUCAUCUGGAUCUGCCGUUGCUGCUGCCGUUGGUGCUGUAGUGGCCGCGGCUCAGGAGGAGGGAAGAUGAUGAAAGCGCCGGGGAGGAAUUUUAGGAUGCAGAGAAGCGUGUUUGAGAACGAUCCCAAAGGCUAUUUCUGGAAUCUUAGAGCUCAUCCUGGUGAUGAACUUUGCUAA